UGAAAUAUGUUAAACACUAGACAUUCUGGUUAUCAAAACCAAUGAGCAUUACUUUCAUGGCAGCAAGUGUCAUGCAGUUAUUUUCUGAAUUUGUCAAAGAGGCAGUAGUUUCUAACCCCUGUUCUAUAGUAGUUACAACAAUUUCACAAUCUAUGUUUACAGAUUCUUCAUAAAUACAUGCAUACUGACACUAUAAUCAUGGGAGGUGUAACCAUGAUUAGUAGGCGAGGUACCUACCACUUUUUUUUUUUUUUUUCUUUCCCUGGCUACUUGAGUAGAAUGCAUUAUACCAGAUCUGGUCAUUUUCAUUGAAAUGGUUUCUAAUUUUCUUCCAAGUGCUGUUGGGUUUUUUCUUUUUAAGGAAAACGUUGUCACUUUUAUGUUAUAAACUUGAAUUUAUAAAGUGCUGGUAAAUUAUUUUUAAUGAUUUGAGUGCAUGUUUUAAACCUUUAGGACCAGAGCAUAGUCAUAGCAUUUUCUUUUAAAUUGUGCACUAACAAAAUGCUAUAUAAUCUGUCUUCUGUCCAAGAUCUCCUGGUUUCCAUUGUAAGGGAUUUAACCAAAAUCUUGCUCUUCCAUAAUCUUACUCUGUGAAAUAGAGGAAUUCGUGUGCCUUAGAUUUAGAAGUGUGUUCUUUAAUAGAGUGUACAGGGCUAAAAGAGUGUUUAAGUUAAUAUGUAGGUUUCCCCCAUCUGUAUUCCAAUUGUAGAGGUGAGUUUUGUUAAGAGUACAAUUGCAAAUCUUAUCUAUAUAGGAAAAUAGCUAAAUGUCAUUCUCCAUCUCUUUGUUUUAGUUUACUGCUUCCAUGUGCAAUCCUAAGCAUUCUUUGCUGGGGCAACUAAAUGUAUCUUUAUUAGUGACUUCUAGUCCAAAUAUAAGAAACUGUCAUGUUUUGUGGGAAAAUAAUUUUAUAAUCCAUUUAAAGUGAAACUUUAUCACACAAAUAGUACUUAUUUUCUAACCAAAUACUUGAUAGGUUAUGCUACUCCAGUGUAGAUGGCCAUUCCUAACUUGUUUGUGCCUGAAGAUGGACUUGAUUCAAAUGGUUUACAUAUUUAGUGGGUAAGGGAUAUGUUACAGUACCCCACCUGUAAGUUAUUUAUUAGCCCUAAUUGUGUUUGAUUCCAGACAAAAUUAACCCUUUUCUCCUGUGUAUCUUUGAAGUGGCAGAUAAGGUGAAGCAUCAGACUGGUAUCAAUAUUAGACAAUGUUAUUUAUUAGCCCUAAUUGUGUUUGGUUUCAGACAAAACCUUUCCUCAUGUGUAUCUUUGAAGUGGCAGACAAGGCGAAGCAUCAGACUGGUAUCAAUGUUAGAGAAUGUUCUGAAGUGUUCCUAUUUUGUAGUUACCUAUUCCAUUUGACAUAGUAGAAGAUACAUUUUCUUUCUACUCUGAUGCAUGGGGAAGGAUGUUUUUGGACAUUAUCAACUGAGAUAGGUGGGAAACCUCCUCUCAUUUGUGGCUUAGAGAGCUAUCACCAUUUCAGAACUAUGAUGCUUUUCUUCUCAGAGCUUGUGUUAAGUAUAUAGUAAACAGAUUGAUUCAUGAUAAUUGUCCUUGACUAAGACUGAAAAGACUAAUGGGAUGCCUUUUACUUCGCUAAUUUUAAAAACUGGCGAUAGAUGUCUAAUCCAUUAAUUUAUUUAAACUCUUCUUAACCUUCUCUUUUAUAAUCGGUUCUCAGGUUUUAACUCCAUGUUUACCAUCAUUUGCAAAAAGGUACCAAAAAAAUCCAUAAAUAAAUACGGAAUACCUUCACAAGUACAUACAUUCUUUUGGUAAAACGAUAUUUUGACAGGCUUCAUUAAUAGAACUAUUCUCAUUAUUUGGACUGCAUUAAUUGGUCGUUGACUGGCCAUCCAAUUACUAUUUUUUCUUUCAGUCCAAAAUAGUUAGACCCUUGCAUACAGAAGUGGUAUUUUGGUUUUUAAUCAGAUUUGGUUUCAUCAGAAGAAGCAAGAAUGGACCUGAUGUCUUUAAAAGCAUAGCCGACAAUGGUAGCUUCUCAAGUUAUGAAAUAAAAGAGAUAAUGGAGAAAAUAAUUUUUAUGGGUUUUUUUGGUUAUGGUGCUAUUCCUAAGGUUAACUUUGAAUAUGUGACACACACACUCCUAAGUACCUUUAAGGAAAAUUAAUAAAUCAUUAAUAGUUAAAAAUGUUUACAUUGAGCACUAGAGCAUGUUUGGCUUUUUUUUCUACGUUAUGCAAAAUGCCCAGGGAUUUAAUGCACAGGUGUACUUUAAUGUUUAGGGUCAGUUUGUAGUAUUCUUGAGAAAAAGAUAAAGGGUUAUAAUUUGAAUGUGAACUGAUCCAGAAAUAAGUGCUGUACCUUUCCACUGCACUUGAAGUUCAACUUAAUGGUGUAUGUGAAAAACAAAAACUACUUUGGUUGUGUAUGUCCAAAGUCCUAUGGUUUUAUUCAUUUAUGGUUUUAAAGGCUUUGAAGUACUCAGAUUUGAUUUUUGCUUUCUUGGAAAGACUCACUUUACCAAGCACAUAAAGGAAAAAUGAUUUCAAACAUUCACAAGAUACAUGAGUGUUAACAAAGCUUUCUUUUUUCGUGUCCUCCUUAUUUAAAAAGGUAUACUUACAAUGUGAAGUAACUUAUGAAUAAAACGAAAAGUUUAUCCCAUAUUCAAAUAAUUCCUAAGGUCAGCCUCCCUUUUUUUAAGUGGCAAAUAUCUGAUUAAAUCAUUUCUCAGUUUAUUAAUCCUUGGAAACAAUGAUAUAGCAGUUACUCACAGCUUGUAAAUUACAACAGAAAGGUUCCUUUCAAAUAGUAGAGUUGCACCUAAAGAGGAAAUUGGGUUUAUAAGAAAAUGGAGGCAAAGAACUUAAGUUUUAAGAAAAAGCACUUCAAAACAGAAGGGCAAAUGGAAAAGGGGGAUAUAAAACCAAUAAAAAUACCAUCUGAGGGUGUUACUGACCAAAAGUAAAGAAUAAAAUGCAUCAUUAAGCCCUUUGCACUCGUUAUGACCUCGUAAGUAAAAAUUAUCACUUAGAAUAAUAAGGGGUGCACACUAUAUUCCCUCUGUCUUCUAGAAUUUGUAGAAGAAUCAGAAAACAAUUUACUAACCUCCCCGUUUGAUAUUAAAAACUAAAUAGGAAGAAUUUUAAUAUUUUCUGUUAGUACAAGUUGAACUUGAUUGUGCCAACUGAAACCCCAGAGGUUUGUAUAUCAGUAGAAUGCAAGAACAUUGUUGAAGGUGCUUAGCAUCUUUUUUGUUUUCCUUUCCACUCCAUUGUAUCAAUUUUUUGAGUAACUUUUAAAUGGCUAGAAAAUGGUCUUUUUGCUUUGCCCUUUUAUAGCUGAAAUAACCAGCUCCAUUCUUUUCAUGAAUAGUAAGUUGAUAUAUUUAUUUAUCAGGUAUCUUGCAGUUGUCACCAAAUACUGUAGUUUUCUUAUGUUGUAUGGAAAUCAUAGUUCAAUUAUUUUAAUGUGAUGGAGUGCAACAAGUCAUUGUAGAACUUUUCACCUGUUAAUGUUGAAGUUAUACCUCUGAAUUUCUGCUGUGGAUUAUCAAGGAAAUAAUAAAGCAGAAACCCUAAGAAAUUUGCAACUUAACAGUUUGAGACUGUCUCUUAUCCUAGUAUUUGGGAAGCGAAGGAAUAAAUUUGUCAAAACUAGGUGAGAAAAUAGAGCGUUGUGGGAAAAAUUGAGUCCAACUAGAUUAGCAAAUGUUAAUCCCUAGCUCAAACUGUGAAUAGUAAGGAUUGAAAAGUAAAGUAUGUAAUGCUAAGGGCUGUGUUGUCUUUUCUUAUGAUUUUAAGUUUUAAAGGCUUUUAAAUUAACAGCGAUGUUGCCUAAGGAUACAUGAGGAUUCUCAAAAGUAAGAGACCUUUACCUUUUUCAUAAUCUGCCAAGCUGGUUCCUAAUAUAUUGUUAAAUUGGUAGAAAAAUACCUUUAAAUUGGUGUCUGCUCAAGGAUUGCUUUCUAGAUUUGAUGGGGGAGGGGCGAGAGUCACAUCAUUUGGAUUCUACCAAUCUGCAGGCUCUAUCUUUGGCAACAUGUAAAUAACUAGACUAUACAUCUGUUUCUCAAGUAUGGCAAGACCAAUAGUUUGAAUUUAAUUAUCAAUGCCAUGGUAUACUUUCUGGUCAUAUUUUAGUUAUGUCAGUUUUAAGGUAAGAUUUUUCAUUUAUUAAAGCCCUUAAAUGAGAUUUUAGACUGCCAAAGAGAAGAGGCAGUCCAAUUGACCUAACUGAAAUGAGAUGACCAGUAUAUAGAGCCUAGAUGGACUGUAGCAGCUCUACCCCUUUGUUUUACAAGGUAAAUCAUUUAAAAAAUUACCUUUUUUGAUCAGUGGGUAAAAGUUAAACGGAUCUUUAAUUUUUAAUAUAUUCAAGUUAAUUUUCUAAGUGUGAAUCAGUCCUUGGACUGCAACUAUACAUUCACCUACAAAAUCCCAAUCAAAAAAUUACAGGAGCCUGUCAAGCAGAUCUUUAGUUUUCCACUUCACAUAAGAUCGUUCAUGUUCUAAAUUAAUCUAUUCAUUUAGAUGAUUUUUUUUUGUCAGUUCUUAAAUGGGGUAUAAUAAAUUUAGCAUUUUCAUCUUAACAAGCAAAAGGGUUAAAAAACAAAACAAAACACUACUCCAAGCCAAAUACAUUCUAGCUGGUUAAUUCCAGACUUAUCCCAAGUGGUUCCCCAACCUCUUUUCCACUGGUAAUUUCUUUUCAUGCAGGCAGAAUAUAGGGGUGCGAGGGCUGUUUUACAUAUGAGCUUGGAUAGGGGAACUGAAGCGAGUCAGGAGCCCUGCUGGAAAAGGGGUUUGCCACUGGAUUGUCUGUGGCCUGGUUUCUUUCCAGUAGUACAGUAAUAGGGUAGAUUGAAAACAAGUAUUUACUUCUGAUUCUGCCUACAUUUAGUGUGAAAUGCUCUUACGGUAUCGCUUCUAAAAAGCAAAUUAAGCAGUUAAGUAUAAGGUCCCUGAAUUCAUAUUUCAAAAUAAGGUUUUUAUGAGAUUUUUAUUAAAAAUUGCAAUAGCCAUCGUAAAUCUGAGUUUUUCUAGGGGUGAGAGAAAACUGUAUUGUGAUGAGCUAGAUUAGUUGUAGUUCCAGAAUAAAAACAAAAAUUCAGAGUUGUGUGGUGCCCAUCAUUGAGUAAACUGAACCCUAAAAAUGAAUAAGCUAGUGAACUGGUUCAUGGAAUUAUUUCUGACGGUCUCUUGACCUGAUGCUGUCAUACUGCAGUGUUACCAGCUCCCCCUAGAAAAUGGAACUGUUUAAAAACACAGCAAGUUACAGAAACCAUUUUAUUCUAUAGCCAUUGGGGUACUUCAGUUUAUGGGAUGUUUUUGGAAACUUCUGCUUUGGGAGGGAUGAAGAUCACUGGUAAAUGUUAUUUGCUUUCUGAGUUUUGGGGUCAUUUCAUUGCUUAUCAAUGAAGGGCAGACAGGAGAGAAUAUCUCAAGUCUUUUCUGAUAAAAGGCUUGCUUGAGGGAGCUUAUAACUUGCACCUAGAGGGUUUACCCACUUUGUGGAUUUGAUUUAUCCACCAACCACAGCAACCAAUAAUGUCAAGAUUCUAGGAGUUUAGGAAAGAGGCUAGUAUGUUUUCAUUUUGAGUCAGACAUUCUUUUCUCAUUCUCAAAUCUAUUUUAAAUGCUCCAAUUUAAAAAAUGCCGAUGAAAAUUUUCUAAUGCUUCUGUAAUAAUCAUGUGCAGUUUACUUUGAAUUUAGGAAAACAGUUUUGUAUGAUGAAAUAUUGUGCAGAAUCUGUAAAUAAGGUAGCUUAAAAAUUAAAAAAGUCUAAUUAGAAUAUGAUUAAUCCUUAAAAUGUAGAAACUAGAGAUUGUGUUGAGUCAGAACUGUUAUGUUGGUAUCCAGGUUUCUAUUCACCACAGACACCAUCUUAGAAUACACACAUAUCUGUGAGUUAUAAUUUAAAGUGGUCAUCCAGGUAAAUGAUCAUGGAGUGCUACUACAGAUGUACAGUUUUACACUACUGAUAUGUUCUUGCCAUACCCAAAUAGGGAAUCACUUCCAGGAAAACAACAGUCCUCAAGCACUCAAUGACUUUGUGAACACGUGACUGAAACAAGAAUCAUCUGAGACAGUAGGACUGGUGGGAUUCUACUGACUUCUUAGUAUUACAUGGCAUCAUCACAAAUGUACUGUUAGAGCAGCAACAUCCAGAGUUUUUAAGCUUGUACCCUAACACACAAAUUUGACUUCUAACCCUGAAAUAUCCUAUAUAUAUUUCUAAACUCUUUGUAGUUUUCUUGAGAAUAAAGCACUUUAUAAUUUACUCAGUUUUCAGUAAUAAACACUGACUUAAAAGUAUGUAUUUAAAAAAAUUCUCCACACUUUUCUGUCUUCCUCAGAAUGUUUUUAUCCUUAUUCUAUGAAAUUCCUGUUUUAUUGUCUAAGACUUAAGAGAUUCAGCUUUAUCAAGUUAGAGUUGCUGUGUACAAUGUAAUUCACAAAUUCUCCCUCCUUUGGGCAUAGUUACUGAAGUUCAAAUUUCCUUAAAAAGUAUUUUUAAAAAACCUGAUUUUAGUUUUUUUCUUCUGCAGAAUCUUAACUUUUCCAUUAUUCCGGAUGACAAAUAAACAUUUAUUAAAAUGUGUUAGAAUUAGUAUUUACUAGGCUCCUAAAUUGUCAGUAUAGGUACUUUGAUCACACAUCAAAAUGGAAUUUCUGCAACUUAAAGCAUUUUGUCACAAAUUGUAGUUGAAAUAGAAUUUUAUCUACUAUUCGACUGGAAGUAGGUUGUUGGGAAUGAACCAGUUAUCUAUUCUUUUCUUCCAAAUGCAAAUGGUACAGCUAGUUGAUAAUAGUAUAUUCUCAUCCUACUAUAAAGUGCAAAUUUCACCUUAAUUUUGCAUAUUUUAAAAUUUUUGUUUACCCUUUGUAGCGUAUUUAUAUUUUAGUAUUUGCUAACAUUGAUUUAAUGUGUUAAAGAUUCAUUUUGGAUAUAGGGUUGACUUCUUGGAGAUACUAGUUCAUAAUUUUAAAAUUCCCAAGAAAAGUGUCUUUGAAGUGGUAAACACACUGCACUUUAAGCCACUUCUCUUCCCACAGAGCCCAGCUGAAGGAGGUAAGGGCAUGCUGCAUGAGAGUAAUGCCGUGAUGAGCGUCUUACUCUGGUAAAAUGCCAUUUACAAUGCCUGGAGACUGAAGACUGAACAAAACAUAGUGCCCUUAGAAAUAGAAUUUCACUGGAAAAGCACGUGAAUCAGAUAAGUUAAUUGGCAAAAGGAACUGAUGUGUAUGUGGUGGUGAAUAAAGUAUUUCCUAACCUGUUCUGGGGAGAACUUAACUGAUCUUAGAGAAGUGUGAAAUCAGUUUCAUAGACUUACGGAAAAAUCUGAAGUGCUUGCACUGUGAGGGCAGAGGCCUGCCUCAUUAAUCUAGCUGUAUGAACAUGUCAGUCCACAGAAGCAGUUUUUACCUGUACUCAUCUGCCCUUCAGUCAGCUUAGUGACAGAAGGGCAAACAUCUUCACAGAAGAAAAAGUUCAGAAGGUUGGCAUUGGUAGUUUCAUUGCUACAGAGUAAUAGUGUUAUUUGAUAGUAUCUGACUAAAAGAGCUCUCAUUUUCUAGUACUUAGUAGUAAGAAUGUGGUGGAGUCCUCCAGAAGUCUAGUGUGGGUGGAGGAUAUCAACUGGUUAUUUCAGUGAUCCACAGCCUGACCUUUUGAAUGCUAAGUGUCUGGAAACUUCAGGCAGGGUCCUACAAAACAAACUGCCAUCAAGACUGGUGUGUACCAUGAAGGCAGUUUUAGAUAGUUUGACUGUUCAUGGCUGCAAGAAAGACCUAAAAUUCAAGGGCCAGUGAACUUCAGAUACGUAAAAGGAAUAUCACUUCUGUUCUAGAAGAGUACUAAUUAGACUUGUUUGUGAAAUUUGAAAAUUUGGCUUUGAGACACUGGUAGCAAUAAACAUAUCUGAGCCCUCCUAAGUUUGGUCAGCACGGAGUAGUAGGUCUGGCAUCAUGUGGCUGUGCACAGCUCGUGUGAUUUCAAGCCCCCUCUGAAAACUGUCUUAGUCUGCAUGAAGGACUUAACUCUCCAAAGUGCUUUUUGUCUGGCAAAUCCCUUCACAAUUUUCACCUCUCGUCUAAAAGCUUCCUUAAAGGAAGCCUUCCUUGAUCCCUUAGGCUAGGUUAGGUUUUCAGUCUGUGUUCUCAUAGCACUGCACUUUUUGGUUCCUUAAAGCAACUCUUAUGUGUUAUUUUUUAGAAUUUUAAUCUGAAUCUCAUGUGUGUCACAUACCUAGGUCAGAAAAUACUGGGACAAUGAAAUUAAGAUUUAGUAAUUCAAAUUAUGUAAAAUGCUCAUAUAUAUGUUUUUAGAUUAGCAGCUUUAUGAUGCCGAUGCUGAAGGAACUUUUCACCCCAUUCUUACAAGUCUGCUACUGUUUUAAGUGACAUCCUUAUAGUUGUAGAUAAGCAAAUGUAAGGUUAUAUCAAUGUCAAGCCCUUAGUAUCACGUUUUAAAAUUUAUCAUUUAGCAAUAUAACUUUUAAAUGUAUUGUUUCCGAAUGAGUGUUGUUGAGGAAUGUUAGCGGUAGUAAAAUCUUGUGUUACAAGAUUUUUGCAUUUACAUGAACUUUCACUCAUUUUUCAGAAUUUGUUCCUAGAGACAGAGAACCCAAUACAAAAAUGAGAACAUGUAUGCAUAAUCAGAAGGAUGCAGUGCAGAUGCCUAGUGAAACUCUGAAAGCAAAAAUGGUACCUGAGAAAGUUCCCCGCAGAUGUGCUACUGUUGCUGCAAAUAAAAUAAAGAUAAUGAGUAAUCUAAAAGAAACGAUCUCAGGACCAGAAAAUGUCUGGAUUAGGAAGAGUAGCAGAAAACUGCCCCAUCGAAAUGCUUCUGCUGCGGCUAAGAAAAAAUUACUGAAUGUUUAUAAAGAGGAUGAUACAACCAUAAAUUCUGAAAGUGAAAAAGAGCUAGAAGAUAUUAAUAGAAAAAUGCUUUUUUUAAGGGGGUUCAGAUCCUGGAAAGAAAAUGCACAAUAGUGACUAUGAGAAUGUAGAAGUGGUAUCUGAAAACAAUUGGUACACAAGUAAACUGGCAGUUACAUUCUGCUCCCAGCUCUAAAAUUACUCCCUUAUUGACAUCUUUGGAGGAAUUUUCUAAAAGCCAUAAUCCAGUGGGUUCCUCCCAGUCAGCUCUUGUACAGACACGUGCUCUAGGGAAUUCUGAGGAGGAAAUAGAUUGCAGAGUCUGUAGGUGGAGAGGUGGAAAGAAAAGACAAAUGGCCUGCUAUAAGACUACUAUUCCUUUCCAGAAUGCAAGGCCUUGAAGUCAUGAUUCCUUAGAGGAAGAAUAUAACGGGAAGUGUACAGGCUAGGAAGAACUUGGAGUGAACAAAUUUCAAAAUCUUAACCUGAUAUUAAUUUUAAGGGUUCUACAUUACAGUGUAAAAAUUCAGACCACGACAACUAUGGUGUCAUGAGGAAAAAAAAUCAGGCACUUUUCCAAAGGAAGGGCUAAUGGGCCUAUUUGACUUCUGAGUGAAGCAACAACUCUACCCAGAUCCAGUCCCCACAAUUCACAUCCCCAAAGGUCAAAAACAAACUAGGAGGACCUGGGAAUUUCAGCUGGAGGUAUUGAUUAUUGAGUUCUGAAGUAGAGUGUUGGAAAUAGGCAAUUAGAGUCCAUUGAUGUAAUUUUGUUUAUAAUAUUGCAGUUCAUACUGAAUGACCACUUGAUACGACUAAUUCAGGGAAUAUAUAUUUUUCUAUGAAAGCUAUGAAUGUUACUAUCACGGCUUUUUCUUAUUUUUACUUUUAUGUAGCAGCAUUUACAGAAAUGCCAAAAAUGUGCCUCAUUAAGAGGCAGGUCUUAAUCAGUUAGAUAAAAAUAAAAUGUAUAGCUUAAGAUCAAAACAGUCAUAUUUUUAGAUACAGUCAAGUCUUUUGUUUCUCUACAGCACCUUAAAAAUUAGAACUUGAAUACUUUGAGUAAACUUAUUACAAUCUCAUCCCAACAAACUUUAAUGGUAGCAUGUUUGGCCUAUUUCAUUGUGGCCUCUGCUAGGAUUAGAAAAUUUGGUCGUGGUAUAACAAAGAAGUGUAUUUACAAUAGGAUUUAAUUUGUUGUUAAUAUGUAUUUGUUGAAAUUAAAAUUGCCAGAUUAAAUGAAUGUACUGUCACAUCUUUUUAACGUAGUAACGUGUUAUUGGAAAAAUUAAGUUGUUGAAAGUAAGUUGUUUUCCCAUUUAAAAAUAUCUGAAUAUAUGAUUUGCAUGUGUAAAUCUGAAAAACUAAACUACAGAAAACUAGGGUUUUCUAUUUCUAAGUCAAAUGCAUUUUUUUUUUGUUAUACAGAUGAACCAAGUGUCUGAAAUACUUGAGAAAUUUGUGGUUGCAUGUCUGUUUUAAAAAAAGGCUUUUUGUUUUUUAGCAUAAGCCAGAAUAUUCUAACCUGCUAAGUCUGUGUCCUUUGCCCCUUUUGUAGUAUACUUUCAUCCAAACUACUGAUCCCCAGUAUGUUGAUACACAGGUGAGAAAGGGAAGAAUUCCUAAUAAACUGCUAUUACUUUUAGGUGCAUGGGGUUUGAUUUUUGAGCUCUAAUGAAAUGCUUAAACUUCUUUCCAGUUCAAAUUUUACACUUAAUUUAUAAUAUUUAUUGAGUAUAUUAUGUCCUCAACAAGUAACUAUAAAAUGAAAUACUUAACUCUCGGUGAAGACUAUUUUAUGCAAAGUUUUUUUUUUUUUUUUUUUUUUUUUUUUUUUUUUUUAGCAAUUUCAGUGUAAUGAAAGAAUUUAAGCUUUGAAUUUAUAAUUUGCUGUGGUGGGUUUAAUUUCUGUCAGUAUUUGAGAUUGUAUUAUCAGUCUUGCAUAAUGGAAUCCUUUUUUUCGCUAAGUAUUUAAUUCGAACAUAUUUGCCUUUUUAAAAAGUGCUUGGCCUAAACUUGUAACUGCAUGAAAUAAGCAUUUGCUUAAAACUUAACAUUGUAAAAUUGUUCUCUCUGAAAUGUGUGCAGAAUUUAAAUCAUGGCCAAAUGUAUUACUAUUAUCCUAUUUAUAGUAAUUUGCUUUGCAGAAAAUAUUUCUUCAUCAUGGAACUGUGAAAUCAAAUUGAAGACCUUACUGGUAAAAAUGACAAAUUAACAAAAGGACUAAGACAAGUGGUGCCCAAACAACCUUUUUAUUCUGCAGUUCCAUCAUUAUAAUAGACCAGUUAACCCAGGAGUCCUAAUGUUUUAAAACAUUGUGGUAAUCUUGUUGAUUCUAUCUAAGGAUAUCCAAAGUUUCCUAAGCUCCUACUGGCUAGCAGUUUAGUCUUAAUUUUAUUGCUAAAUGUUCAAAUUUUGCUUCCAAACUCACUUUUUUUUUUUUGCAGAUGUGUACAUCUGCUAAAUACUAAUUUUAUGUAAAUGAUGUUGAUUAUUUUUCCACAUCUUAAAAUGUUUCUAACAGCUUUGAGAUUUUAUCUCAACAGGCUCUCUCUGACCCCAAAGUAGUACUUAACCUUCGUGACUACUGACAAAGUCACAAAAUGCAGGCGAUGUCAUGUAUUUCGGUACAACUAAAUCUAGGAAACGGUUAUUUUUCAUUGCAUUACUGCAUAUUUUCAUUUUCAUUUAAAUUAUGUCCCCUUUUUCUCUUGCUUGAAACAGUGCUCCUCGAACUUUGUCUUCCAGCACAUUUUAAAGAGAACCAAUUAAAGAACAAUCACACAUUUUGCUUAUUAAUUAAAGGCUAUUUAAAAAGAAACAUUUUGUAUUAGAAAAUGGCCAAGUUUAAAACACUAUUUUUUACAUUCUCAUAAAAAUGUUUUUUAAAUCGCCUUGACAAUCAUCAGCUUUUGAAAUGUGAAUUCCUAUUGCCAGAGUAAAGGUCUCGUUUUUAUACCACCACGAAGCGCUGUAUUUCUUGCUGCCCUUGCGUCUGCCCGUGCCCGCUGUCUGAGGGCGCGCCUGGUUAUGGGGGCCCUCAGUACCACUGCGCCGCCACCUACCUGGGCAGUCGAAAUUUGGAGCGGGUGCUCAGUACACUAAGGCUCCCCCAGUCUCUCCUAACGCAGAAGGAAAAUGGAAACGGACGAGGAGGUAAGGGCCUCACAGCUGCCGGACGCCACGGCCAGCGGUGCUGGCCCCGCCCCUGCACCCCUGGUUCCGCUACCGCCGCGACCGGAGGCCCCGCCCUCCUCCCGUCCCCCUGCCCCUCUAACCCGCAGUCCUCCCACCUCUUGGCGCCCGCAGGGCUCAAGCUGCGAAUGAAAGCCUUCGGGGGCCGGACGCGGUGGCUCAGGCGUGUAAUCCAAGCACUUUGGGAGGUCUAAAGAGGAGGAUCGCUUGAGCCCUGGAGUUCGAGACCAGUCUGGGCAACAUAGUGAGACGACCCCCCCCCCCCGCCCCAUCUGUAAUUUAAAAACAAAAAAGCUGCGGGGACUCCUGGCCCAGGGCGUGACAGCGCGGGCGGGCGGUGUAGAGGGCGUGGCCGCGAGCUCAGGGUGUGCCUAGGGGCGAGCCCUGCGCGGGGCGGGACGUGGCGCCCGCGCGGUGGCGGUGUGGCCGCGAGCUCAGGCUGUGCGCGGAGGGCGUGGCCUGUGCAGGGCGGGACUUAUUGCCCGCGCGGUGAGGGAACGUGGUCUCGCGCAAGCUGGCGUGCGCCGUGCUGCAGCGCUGCAGUUGUGUCCAGCCGGUCCCGGGGCGGCCAUGGCGGCUACGUUCUUCGGAGAGGUGGUGAAGGCGCCGUGCCGAGCUGGGACGGAGGACGAGGAGGAGGAGGAGGAAGAGGAGGAGGGUCGGAGGGAGACGCCCGAGGACAGGGAGGUGCGUCAGCAGCUGGCGCGGAAGAGGGAGGUGCGGCUCCUUCGAAGACAAACAAAAACAUCUUUGGAAGUUUCUUUGCUAGAAAAAUAUCCGUGCUCCAAGUUUAUAAUCGCUAUAGGAAAUAAUGCAGUAGCGUUUCUGUCAUCAUUUGUUAUGAAUUCAGGAGUCUGGGAGGAAGUUGGUUGUGCUAAACUCUGGAAUGAAUGGUGUAGAACAACAGACACUACACAUCUGUCCUCUACAGAGGCUUUUUGUGUGUUUUACCAUCUAAAAUCCAAUCCCUCGGUUUUCCUCUGUCAGUGCAGUUGCUAUGUUGCAGAAGAUCAACAGUAUCAGUGGCUGGAAAAGGUUUUUGGCUCUUGUCCAAGGAAGAACAUGCAGAUAACUAUUCUCACAUGUCGACAUGUUACCGAUUAUAAAACCUCAGAAUCCACUGGCAGCCUUCCUUCUCCUUUCCUGAAAGCCCUAAAAACACAGAAUUUCAAAGACUCGGCGUGUUGUCCAUUGCUAGAACAACCGAAUAUAGUACACGACCUUCCUGCAGCAGUUCUGAGUUACUGUCAAGUAUGGAAAAUCCCGGCAAUUCUGUACUUGUGUUAUACUGAUGUGAUGAAAUUAGACCUAAUUACAGUGGAAGCUUUUAAGCCUAUACUUUCUACCAGAAGCUUGAAGGGUUUGGUUAAGAAUAUUCCCCAAAGCACUGAGAUACUAAAGAAAUUGAUGACAACAAAUGAGAUUCAGAGUAACAUUUAUACAUGAUCUUAAACAUUGUUUUGUAAUGUAUAUUACUUGUCCAUUCCUUUAAGGGGAGCAGCCUGCACUCUUUCACAGAUUACUUUUGGAGGAUAUAUUUUGAGAAUGAUGAAACGGAAUAAAAUUGUAAAAAAUUAA